AUGUCGGAAACGGUCAUUAUUGCGCUUAUGCCAUAUCUCAGUUCUGUCUCAGUUGCAUCUCAGCUGUAUCUCAGCUAUAUCUCAGCCAUAUUUGUAUAUCAGCUGUGUCUCAGCUAUAUCUCAGUUAUAUCUCAGCCGUAUCUCAAUUAUAUCUCAGCUCUGUAUCUCAGCUAUAUCUCAGCCAUAUUUGUAUAUCAGCUGUCUCAGCCAUAUCUCAGCUAUAUUGAUAUCUCAGCUGUAUCUCAGUUAUAUCUCAGCCUUAUCUCAGUUGUGUCUCAGCUGUAUCUCAGUUGUCUUAUAUGGAAAGACCGGAAGCUGUUUGUGGGCAUGCUGGGGAAGCAGCAGAGUGAAGAAGAUGUGCGACGGCUGUUCGAGUCGUUCGGUCAGAUAGAGGAGUGCACCGUGCUGCGGGGGCCUGAUGGGGCCAGUAAGGGCUGUGCUUUUGUAAAGUAUUCCAGUCAUGCAGAAGCCCAGGCUGCGAUUAACAGUCUCCACGGUGGACAGACGAUGCCGGGCGCGUCCUCUAGUCUGGUGGUGAAGUUUGCAGACACCGAUAAGGAACGGACCCUGCGCCGGAUGCACCAGAUGGCUGGACAGCUCGGCAUCUUCAGUCCCAUGACCAUCCAGUUUGGAUCGUAUGGAGCUUACACACACGCUCAGAUCAUGCAGCAGCAGCAGGCGGCACUCAUGGCAGCGACGCAGGGCUCGUAUCUGAACCCCAUGGCUGCCAUCGCCGCCGCUCAGAUGCAGCAAAUGGCAGCUUUCAACGUCAACGGCCUGGUGGCUGCACCCAUGACGCCGUCUUCAGGCACCAGCACGCCACCAGGCAUUGCAGCUCCCAUCGGGGUGAACGGCUUCAGCGCUCUCCCUCCCCAAAGCAACGGACAGCUCGCCUCCGAACCCAUCUACACCAAUGGCAUCCAUCCGUACCCAGCGCAGAGCCCGACGAUGGCCGAUCCUCUCCAGCAGGCGUAUGCCGGCGUGCAGCACUAUGCAGCAGCCUAUCCUGCCGCUUACGCGCCAAUCAACCAAGCGUUUCCCCAGCAACCAGCCAUCAUCCCCCAGCAACAGCGGGAAGGACCGGAGGGCUGUAACCUGUUUAUUUACCACCUGCCGCAGGAGUUCGGCGACGUGGAGCUUAUGCAGAUGUUUCUGCCCUUUGGCAACGUCAUUUCCGCCAAAGUCUUCGUGGACCGGGCCACCAAUCAGAGCAAGUGUUUCGUCUUAAAAGAUGUAAAGUCAUCCGGGUUUGGAGUGACACAAGGAAGGAAGGAAGAUGUACAGAAAACGUUCCGGCCGCUGGAUCGUAUCGUUCAUCGUGUCGCGCACUCGCGCUCUUUCUCCAUUCCACCGUUGGACGGAAAGAUGAGCGGAACGGACGAGGAAAGUCUGUCUGACAGGGUCCGGGAUCCCAGAAGCCUUUGUGUUCGAGCGACAAUCCACAGUGAAAGGCCAGACGAUCGGACGUGGCUUUUUGUACUCGGCGAGAAAGAUCCAGUCGCUCGUCUCUGA